AUGAGUGAAAUCGGAUUUUCUGCUCCGGUAGAUGAACACAGACCUCUCUUGACGGAAGACGAGGUUGAGGCACAAGCACUGUCAUCAACAACAUGGCCUCUGAGUAGAAUUAGAAUAGCAAGAUGCGAAUGGAAGCUUUGGAGUACUUUAGCAUUUAUCUUUGGAUCUGCAGCUUAUAUUUAUUCAUUUUCAAGGGUGAUGAAGGAUUCGUUCGUUCUAUCACGCCAACUGCCUGUUGCUAUUUCAUUUCUUAAGACAUGUUUUGUUCUUCCCAUGUCGGUUAUUGCUACUGGGGUUGUUCAGAAGCUUCUAGUGACGCGCACAAUUUCGAAAGUAUUCGAUUAUACUUUGAUUGCGUUUGCAUUUCUGUAUACUCUUAUAGGAACAGUUCUUCUUCCUUUUGCCAGUAAGAUUCAACCGGGAUUCUAUUUGUCUCGAGAUAUCUUUGCAGACGACAAAAUGUUAUACAAAGGAUUUGAGUUUCUUUUUGCAAUCUUUUUGAUAUUCAAUGAAUGGACCACAAGCUUUGUCUAUGUAUGUGCAGAACUGUUUGGAUCAUUGAUAGUGCAGUUUAUGUUCCUCUCGUUUGCAAAUGAGGCUCUGACCAUCCGCCAAUCGACCAGGAUGAUGCCAUUGUUCUAUGUGGUUUCAAACAUCCUGCUUCUUCUGUCGUCAGAAUCGACAGCUCUCUACUCAAGAAGAGUCAAGAUGUGGGACUACAAGACAACAUGCUUAGUAACAAAUUCAUUCUUUGUCAUAUUUGGAGUUCUGAUAGCAAUUACAUAUCUUAUGAAGAAAUAUGCAGAAAACAGAAUUCUUAAGAAACAACUGUUUAUCCGAACAGAGGGAAUUAAAAAGAAAGGACGAAAGCCUACAACUAGCUUUUCAGAAAGUAUAAAGCUUAUGGCACAAUCGAAGUUCCUAGUUGCAAUGGUUCUUAACGCCCUUUUUUAUUAUGCAGGAACCAAUCUCAUUGAGUCUUCAUGGAAGAACGGUAUAAGUGUUGCAGCAGAUGCAAAGAACAUGGAAAAGAGAGCAUAUUCUGCCUCUAUUGUGUCUGGAGAGCAGAGGGUUGUUGGAGCCUUGGUUGCAAUAAUAUUACUGACACCCAUAUCCACCCUUGUCCAGACACAUGGAUGGAUAACAAUGGCUAUUGUUCCACCACUAGUUACACUAGUAUCUUCUAUGGUGAUAUUUGGAUCAGCAUACUUCAACUAUCCAAACUAUCCAAGUGGAAGAGAAGGAGUGAUCCUCUCUUCUCUAGUCAAAGGAUAUCAACCAAACUUCUUCUUGGAAUGCAACAUGGGUAUUUACUGUGUAAGUGGAAUGAAGAUUGCCAAGUAUGCCUUCUACGACAUUUCAAAAGAGGCUAUUUCGCUUCAAAUCGAUCCUAUAUACAGACCUAAGCUGAAGGCUGUUUAUGAUGGACUUUGUGGUAAGCUUGGGAAAUCAAUAGGAUCUCUCUAUGCUAUGUUUUGGUCAUUGAUGGGAUACAAUGACGUAAGAGCUGCAGCACCGAUUACUCUUGGUAUUUGGCUGAUAAUAUCUCCUGUCUGGGUAUACUCGGUUCUAUAUCUGAAUAGAAAGUACAACCAAUCUAUUCAGACUUCGUCUCCAAUUGAUCUUGAUCUUUUCUCUGGGAAGAAGGAUCUCGAAUAA